AGUUCGAUCCGAGCGAUCUUUCCGUUCAGACGUACACCAAGUGUUAUAAGCUACCGGAGUUGAGUACUUCGUCUCUUUCAAUUGAACAUAUUCAAUAUUCGAUAAAUAAAUAAAUCAACAAUGCAGUUGACAAAUGACACGACGAACUUCAACGAUGCAGAAGAAAGCAUUAAAAUUUGCGACCUUGAAUCUAUGCUUCGCAAAAGUCACAACGACGGUCGGCUCAGCUUAUUGAUUUCAAAGCAUCGAAUUUAGUGCCGACCGGCGAAAACUUCUCGAGUAUAUUGGUAAAAAUAGAAGCAAAAAUUCGUCGGGGUUCAGGCGAAAAAGAAGUUCUGCACCUCGUAGCCAAAACAAUAAAACACAUGGAGGUACCAUUUGUGAUCUGGACGGACGUGUUGAAGAAGGAGAUUUUCAUUUAUUCCAAGUUGAUACCGAUGUACAGAGAAUUACAGAAAGAUGCCGGUGUUGCAGAAAACGAUUUAAUCGACUGCGUGCCAAAGUACAUGGGACAUAGGUACACCAUGAAAAAAGACGGUAAAGAAGUUGAUGAUCAGUCAUUGCUGCUGAUGGAAAACAUAAAGGUGCUGGGCUACUACAUAUGUGACAGAAAAAAGAGUCUGGAUUUUCAUCAUGCUACUCUAGCAUUAACUGCUUUGGCUAGGUAUCAUGCACUAGGUGUAGUUUUAGCCCAAAAACGACCUCAUGAUUUUGAGAAAGCGAAACGCGAAACUGCGACUCUUGGCUUCGUCGCCGAUGAAUUCGAAAAAGGAUACGAUAGCUUGCUGCAGACAUUUGAAGAAGGGCCGCGCUUUGCCAAGCAUCUUCCUAAAAUUAGGGCUGCUUUUGCUACUGUGAAAAAAGGUAAAUUAAUUUCAGGUGCGAAAGAGCCAUGGAUUACCAUAAUUCACGGUGAUUUUUGGACCAACAACCUUUUGUUCCACAAAAAUGAUUACGGAGAAAUCGACAGCGUCAAGUUCGUAGACUUUCAAAUGUGCCUGUAUUCGAGUCCCUGUAGGGACUUAGCGUACUUCCUUUUCUGUAGUUUUGAUCAAGAGUUGUUCGAUCGAUUGGAUGAGCUCUUAGAAUUGUAUUUUAAGAAAUUUACAGAUACACUGCGAUGCAUAGGAUGCGAUACUGCGGUAUUCACUAGAAGAUCAUUCGAUGAAGACUUUAAGAAUCAAACAUCGCUUGGAUUUCCAAUGUUUGUUUUGUGCAUAAAAUAUUUCACUUACGAAGUCAGCGAAGAAGAAGAGAAAGACAGAGAGAUCUUGAAAAGUGUUUUGCGUAGUAAAUGUAGCGAGUUAUGCAAAGAAAAGUACACGAGGCUCUGCGAGAUGUACGAAGAGAGAGGAUGGUUUCAAUCGCUGUAGAUGCAAUAGUUAGUAAAUAAACUUUUUACAGAUACUUUUAAAAAUUACUUAAUUAUGUGGUUACAAAUGACGCAGAAACAUUUUAAUUUUGAAGCCGUUACAUAAAAUUACGAAAAUGUUAUCAGUUGUAAUCGACGAUGAAAGAGUUAAAACGGAUAAGAAAACAUUGAAAUAAAGCUAUGAACGAUUCACCUGUACAGACACAAGAAAAUAACGAUAAAGUGAUUUGAUACAAGAGAAGUAAUAAUGUAUCGUCGAUAAGAUCUAAUAAAAAAUAAGUGUGCGUUUGAGCAUAUGAUAUUUGUAUUGUCUUAAAGCUGAUUGCUUUGUAUUGGUAUUGCUAAAUUAAUUAAAGCGAUAUUUUUCAAAAAUAUAUAAAAUAAACAAAUAGAUACCAAACUCAAUGAUUUAUAUUCUUGCUUGCUCAAAGAUGGAGUCGAGAGAGAUUGCAUGAUUUUGCUGUAGUAUUGAAAAAAAGAGCGAGUUUGUCAAGAUCUAUGAAAAAAGCAGUUUGUUUGAACAGUUAUCUUAUAAAUCAUUUUGUAUUUUAGAUAUCGGCACAUUUUUGUACAAUAAUUCAAUACGUGAUGUUAUGAAUAUACAAUUUUCAAAGAACUUAAAAUCAGUUAAUGAAUUAUACUUUAAUGCAGCGAUAAAAUCCAUUGUAUCUCUACAAAUGUAUUCUAUUUUUAUCACCGUACGAAGAUUGAGCUGUUAUGACGCAGAGUCAUUCAUGCAUAAAUGAUCGUUUAACUGCAUAAUUUUUCAACGAUUCAUAAAUAUAAAUGUGAUACCAUUA